AUGGCACGGGCUAGGAAAGAAGCCGGGGACAGCUAAUUGGUGUCUGGUAGGGAGCCAUUAUCCAUUAUCAGAGUGUCUGUCAAGACCCCACAAGAUUGCCAGGAAUUUUUGCUGGCAGAAGAUAGCAAUGUCGGCCACUUUAAGAAGCAGAUCUCCAAACACCUUCACAGUGACACUGUGGUGCUCAUCUUCACUGGGAAGAUCCUCCCGGAUCAAGAUGUACUGAGUCAGUGUGGCAUCCUUGAUGGCUUGACCAUCCAGCUGGUGGUGAGGACUCGUUUGAAAGGAUCAGCCUGUCCUCCAGGAACUCCGCCAGGCCCCACAGGCCACUGCACUCAACGUUCUGACCCAGCAGCCUCUGAGGGUGCUGGGGUGCUCACCAGGUUGGGCCGGCUGGCCCGGAGCUCAUGAGAUGCAGCUGAUUUCUUUUGCCAGCUUGUUCAGCUGUUGACAACUGCACCCGAGUCUGUGGUGCAGUUCUUGGAAGAGCCUCUAAUUCAAGGACUGGCAAAUAAGAAACGCGCCAAUGACAGCCACUUUCCCAAAUCCUCAAAGGCACAUCAGAAACGCAAGCCAGCGCUGGAAACCUUUCAGAAGCUUGCCCAGCAACAGGAACUCCUGCAGGAACACAAGCAGAGUCUGGAGGCCCUGAAGGCGGUGCCGGGAGGUGACAAUGCUAUGCGACCUUGCUGCUCUGACAUCCAGCAUCUCUUGCUCUCCAUUCUGGCCCUAUUGGCAGCCUCCAAAGGCCACCUUUCAGGUUCAGAACCUUGCAGAGGAGAAGUCAACGCUCACAGCAGUUCUGAGACGACCACCAUCUCUGCCACCUCUGCUCCUGUCAGGCCAUUGGUACUAGAGGUCAAUACAGGAGGAGGUAUCCAGGCCAGGGGCAUAGUUUCAAAUCAAAACAGUUCAGUGUGCAGAACCGGUAUGCUAGACUCACACCCAGGCUCAGAUCUUCCCUUGCAAGAUAGCCAGCAGCCGGAGGAGAAAGCUCCUCAAAGCAGUCAGCCGAGACUCUGACUGUCUGAUUUGCAACAAGCCUUGCUAUCCUGCAGCAGAUCCAGCCUGUUACACCAGCUGACGACCGGCAGCCUGUUGCUUCAGCACAUGACACUUCCCAUCCUCACCAAACCGCGAGCGCUGCAGGCAUUGUUACAGAUAGAAUAAAGCCUACAGAUACUAUCCAGGGAGGUGCCUGAGACGGUGCCGUUCCUCCGGGCUAAACCGCGUGGGGCUAGAGGAGCCCCAGAAACUAGGGGUAGAAGACUAGUACCUAGAGAAGAUCCCGUGCAACUCUCCUUGGCCUUUCCUCAGCUCUUCCAUGCCCUGGCCAAUGCCUGUUCCCAGCCUUUCCAAACCUCGCUGUCCACGUCCCUCUUCACUGAAGGUCGCUACCAGCAAGAACUGGAGCAGCUGAAGGCCCUGGGUUUUGCUAACCGUGAUGCAAACCUGCAGGCCCUGAGCCAUGCUGCCAUUGAGAGGCUUCUAAGAGCUCCCCAGGUCUAA